AUGGGUAGUCUAUUGAAUAGAAUUCGACGUGAUGAUGGCUCUAAUUAUUACUACCCGGAUCAAUCAUUACGAAAUCAGACGUUUACAAUAAAAGAUCAAUCGUAUACAUUGAUUCGUCGUUUAGGUGGAGGUGCAUUCGGAUCGGUUUGGUCGGCUCGUACAACAGAGGGUCGUAGUGCGGCAGUUAAAGCAAUCGAUAUUAGUGGACGAGAUGGGAAUCAGUUCGAGCCGACAAUGUUGAUGGAAUCGUUUGAGAAAGAAAUUCGAAUGGCUUAUAAAAUGCGGCAGGAAACGCGGCAUGUAGUAACAAUAUUUGGUUUUGAUUUCGAUAUGAAGAAAGGAUUGGCAUUGAUGGCCAUGGAACUCGGUGGAGAUACGUUAUCAACGCGAAUUGAAAAACUUCAUGCAUUGAAGAAUGCACAGCGAAAGUUACCGAUGUAUGAUGAGAUGAAUGGGCCGUCGGGUGAUUAUAUAUCACCUCGUGAUCGAAAGAAUAUUUGGAUUCAAUUAGCGAAUAUUGUACAAACGUUGCAUCGUCAUCAUGUGGUUCAUCGUGACAUGAAACCGGAUAAUUUAGUCUUUUUCGGUCCGAUUAUGAAGAUUGUCGAUUUAGGCAUCGCACAAAAAGUAGUCAGAGGAAAUGAUCCAAAUGCAAGUGGGAUUGGUACACCCUAUUUUAGUGCACCUGAAUGUUUCGUCACGGGUGCACAUAUAUCAUCAAAAGCAGAUAUAUGGUCUGCUGGUGCUAUUUUAUAUAACAUGACGUAUGGUGACGCACCGCGUGAAGAAUCACCGCGUCCACCGAACGGUGCGCGUUCCACACAUUCACCAAAUGUGAAUGAUAUGUUGAAUCAUUGUCUUCAGCACGACUCUCACAAACGAGCAUCUCACGUAUGGCUUGCUCGGCAUCCAUUUACUACGAGUCCUCAUGCUCUGUAA